CAGAAUAAAUUUUCCCUCACUCAGUCACUCGUCUUUUGACUCAACUGCAUUCUCAACUUAAUUUUGAAGCAAGAAGAUGUGGGGAAAUGCCGAAGGUGACACACCGGAGGUCACUCUAGAGACCUCCACGGGUUCUUUCACUGUUGAGCUAUACUACAAACAUGCACCAAGAACUUGCAGGAACUUCAUUGAACUAUCUCGUAGAGGCUAUUACGAUAACACCAAAUUUCACAGAAUUAUCAAGGAUUUUAUCGUGCAAGGUGGAGAUCCAACUGGGACUGGAAGAGGAGGAGAGUCCAUAUACGGCCGUAAGUUUGAAGAUGAAAUAAAACCAGAGUUAAAGCAUACAGGAGCUGGUAUUUUAUCCAUGGCAAAUGCUGGUCCGAAUACCAACGGAAGCCAGUUCUUUAUAACUUUGGCACCGGCUGCACAUCUUGAUGGAAAGCACACUAUAUUUGGAAGAGUAUGUAGGGGAAUGGAAGUGAUCAAAAGACUCGGCAGUGUCCAGACUGAUAAAGAUGAUAGGCCCAUCCAUGAUGUGAAGAUACUUAGGACCUCUGUUAAAGAUUGAUGCCUUGUAGGUGUCGUGUUAUCCUUUUUUUAAUGGUUCCAAAAUGCUGUAACCUCUGAUUUCAGAUUUACCAAAUAUAUUAUGGAAGGAAAAGUAUGACAUUUGAAGAAUAUAGAUGAUAGAUCCUUGUUUUUAA